AGUAAAAUUCAGCCUGUCGAGGUGCGUAGCGAAAUGGCAGAGUCUGGAUUCAUUCUGAGCAAGACCCAGUUUAGCUGUCCGAUCUGUCUGGAUCUACUGAAGGAUCCAGUGACCAUUAAUUGUGGACACAGUUACUGCAUGAGCUGCAUUAAGGUCUUCUGGGAUUACAAAGACCGUGCUGGUGUUUACUGCUGCCCCCAGUGCAGAAAGACCUUCACACCUAGACCAGUUCUAGGCAGAAACAUUGUGCUGGCGGAUAUGGUGGAGAAACUGAAAAAGGCAGGACUGCAAGGCAGCUCUCCUGCUCAAAGUUACGCUGGUCCUGGAGAUGUGGAGUGUGACGUCUGCAUUGGCAGAAAACACAAAGCUGUCAAGUCCUGCCUGGUGUGUCUGUUUUCUUACUGCAAAGGUCAUCUACAGCUUCACGAUGAGCUCAACCCAGGAAAGAAGCACAAGCUGAUCGAUGCCACUGGACAUCUGCAGGACAAGGUCUGUCCUCAUCACGACAAGCUGCUGGAGGUCUACUGCCGUACCGACCAGCAGUGUAUCUGCGUGCUCUGCGUGAUGGAUAAACACAGAGGCCACGAUACAGUCUCCGCUGCCGCAGGAAGGACUGAGAAGCAGACUGAACUCCAGAAGAAGAUCCAGGAGAAAGACAAAAGGUUACAGAAGUUGAGGCAGGCUGUGGAUUCACUCAAACGCUCUGCGCAAGCUGCGGUGGAGGACAGCGACAAGGCCUUUGCCGUCAUGAUGCGCUUCAUUAAACGGAAGCGCUCAGAUGUGAAAGAGCUGAUCCAAGAUCAGGAGAAGGCUGCACUCAGUCAGACUGAAGGGCUCAUCAAGCAGGUGGAGCAGGAGAUUGUUGAGCUCAAGAGGAGAGAUGCGAAGCUGGAGAAGUUCUCAGACACGGAGGAUCACAUCCAUUUCCUCCAGAACUUUCAAUCCCUCUGUGAGCCCGUUGUUGGUGAAAGCUCGCCCAGCCUCCCUGUCUACCCACACUGUUCAUUCGAGGAUGUGAGGAAUGCCAUCUCUGACCUGAAAGAGCAGAUGAUGGAGCUCCUGAAAGUGAAAGUAACCAAAAUCUCGCAAACAGUGAGAGACGUUGGCAUCGUACAGAGCAAGAGCAAAGAAAACUUUCCGCAAACGAAAAAGGAAGCCGUGCUGCACACGCCGGAGCCCAUGACGAGAGAGGACUUUCUGCAAUAUUCCUGCCAUCUCACCCUGGAUCCCAACACCACGCAUAAGCACCUGCGCCUGUUAGACGGGAACCGCGUCGUGAAGUGGGUGGGGGCGGAUCAGUCAUAUCCCGAGUGCGCGGACAGGUUUGAUUUCUAUCUGCAAGUGCUGUGUAGGGAGGGGCUGUCCGGACGUUGCUACUGGGAGGCAGAGUGGAGUGGGAACUGGGUUAUUAUUGCAGCGUCGUAUAAAGAGAUCCGCAGGAGAGGCGAGGGAAACAGAUCCUGCCUGGGGCGGAAUGAAAAGUCCUGGAGUUUAUACUGCUCUCCUUCCAAAUACUUCUUCCGGCAUAAUAAUGAGGAGAUCCCAGUGUCUGGCCCCCCCUCCUCCAGGAUAGGGGUGUACCUGAAUCAUGGCGCAGGAACUCUGUGCUUCUACAGCAUCUCUGGCACAAUGACCCUCCUGCACAGGGUCCAGACCACGUUCACGCAGUGUCUGCAUCCCGCAUUUUUCAUUUAUGGGGGCAGCACGGUGCAUUUGUGUUAAAAGCCAUGAGAAAAGAGGCACGUGAGAUCAAAUUCCUGUAGAAUUAUGAUUUUUUUUUUCAUGUUUCUAUAUUAGGGCGGCAUGGUGGUGCAGUGGUUAGCACUGUCGCCUCACACCUCUGGGACCCGGGUUCGAGUCUCCGCCUGGGUCACAUGUGUGCGGAGUUUGCAUGUUCUCCCCGUGUCGUCAUGGGGUUUCCUCCGGGUACUCCGGUUUCCCCCCACGGUCCAAAAACAUGCUGAGGCUAAUUGGAGUUGCUGAAUUGCCCGUAGGUGUGCAUGUGUGAGUGAAUGGUGUGUGAGUGUGCCCUGCGAUGGGCUGGCCCCCCAUCCUGGGUUGUUCCCUGCCUCGUGCCCAUUGAUUCCGGGAUAGGCUCCGGACCCCCCGCGACCCAAUAGGAUAAGCGGUUUGGAAAAUGGAUGGAUGGAUGGAUGUUUCUAUAUUACUUUAAAUUAAACCUACAUUAGGUUAGUAUAUUACGUGAGAGACACCAAUACAUCCAGUCUGCAUUGUUUGACUGGUUUCUUACUCUGACUUUUGCUGGAUUGUUGAUAUAGUUACAGUGUUGCCAACUUUGGUCAGCUGGCUGGCAUGAGAUUUUCAAUUCGUUUACAUGUAUGUAACAGUUUCAUUUGCAUUGUCAAUAGCCUGUAGGGUUUGCAAACUGUAGCCAAUUGUAGAUUUACAAUAGAAAAAACAUAGAUUUUGCGUGAGGUACCUCGCUUGAGCGUUUGAGUCUGAAAGCGUGAGCGUAAUGCGCGACAGCUGGGAACUCUGUAGUUAUUGAAUGUUUUUUUUUUACUUUUCAGUAAAAAAAUUUGAGAAUAGUCUUGAGACACCGAGUAGGUGAGAUUACUGUCUGUUGUCAGUCACUGUGCAGUUUGAAUCAACAAGAAGCAAAGUCAACUGAGUCAUGAGUGAAAGCAUGUGUUACAUAUGUGUUAGAUAUAGAAGGAUUAUAUUCAUUUCAUAAAUGUAUGGUUAAUUAGAUUUUC